GAGAGAGAGCUCGCGCCGGGGGGAGAGGGAGGCAGCGCGCGAACGAGCGCGAGAGGCCGGACGAAGGGAGGAGGAGGAGGGGGGCCGCCGCCGCCGCCGCGCGUGCGCCCCCUGAGAGAAGGGAGGAGGAGGAGGAGCGGUUUCCCAAGUGUUGUGUUUCACAUUAUGGACUGAAACAACUCCAACCAGGCUUCGUUGCGAAGGAAGAAAAAACACGCAGCUGUAAUAGCUUGACCACAGACGAGAUAAUCCACAACAGGGUAAAUGAGUCAGAAUGGAUCAGGAAGGUGGGGGUGACUUCCAGAAAACCCCUAACUUCCAGUGGAGAAACUACAAGCUCAUCGUUGACCCAGUGCUCAAGCGGGCCCCGCACAAGGUCUACCGCUAUGAUGGAGUACAUUUCAGCACUAAUGAUUCGGGCCACGCUCCUGUGGGUGAUGUGCGGGAUCCUAGACGCAGGAUAUGGUCCAAGAACAGAGACAUUUCCCUCCCUGUCCCGAAGUUUAAGCUGGAUGAGUUCUAUGUGGGUCAGAUCCCUCUGAAGGAGGUGACCUUUGCCCGGCUCAAUGACAACAUCAAGGAGCCUUUCCUGGCGGACAUGUGCAAAAAGUAUGGAGACAUUGAGGAGAUUGAGAUCCUCUACAAUCCGAAGAACCGCAAGCACCUGGGCCUGGCCAAGGUGCUCUUCACCAGCACAAGGGGAGCCAAGGAAACAGUCAAGAACCUGCACAACACUUCGGUCAUGGGCAACAUCAUACAUGCUCAGCUCGACAUCAAAGGUCAGCAGCGAAUGAAGUAUUAUGAACUGAUUGUGAAUGGCUCCUAUACACCCCAGACUGUCCCCACUGGAGGCAAAACACUCAAUGAGAAGUUCCCAGCAGACUCGUCAGAGUCCCGAAGGCGCCACUCGACAGACUCCUCCUACCCUAGUAACACAAUGCCUUCAACGCCUGGCAAUGGCACACCUUCCUCUCAGGACACUCCAUAUUCCAGUGGUAGGCAGGAUACGCCUUCUUCGUAUGGCCAGUACACGCCACAGUCUUCCCAGGGGACUCCAUACACUCCCCGGGGAGGGACGCCAUAUUCUCAAGAUUCUGCUUACUCCAGCAGGCAAGGGACUCCAGGCUAUUCUAGUUACCAGCCAGAGUCAACAUCGUACAAAUCCCGCCGACAUGAGAACAGCUUUCCAGACUCAUACUCGCGUCGGCAUUAUUCUUCUUCGUCCUCUUCGUCCUCGUCCUCCUCUUCUUCCUCCUCCUCCUCCCACUUCCGUAGCAAUGACCAUCACUACCCUCCCUACAAUCAGCAGUUUGACAGUGGCAGCAGUGGCAGCAGUGCUGCUACAAUCAGCAGCAGCAGCCGGUACCAACGCCUCUCAUCCACCUCAGAAGGGCGCCCAUCUUCUUCCACCCCCUCCUCCUCCUCCUCCUCCUCCACUCAUCGCUCCCACCAAAGAGAGGACUCUGGCUUCCAUUCCCGGCACAGGGAGCGCUCCCAGAGGGAUGAGGCGACUCCUUCCUCCACCGUCAGCACCCCCACGGUCACCACCCCCUCCUCCUCUUCAUCGUCUGUGGCCACCCCAGCCCCAGAUAGUGCUCAAUUCCAGAACAGCCACAGCUUCACUCAGCAGAGUGCAGAGCCAUUUCCAGCACCCAGCGUUCUCUACCCACCAUACACAGCCACUCCGGAGCCUUUCCCCCUUCCUGUGGAACCCCUUCCUGUGGACCAGGACUACCGGCUGCUCCCCACAGCCGAGACUUUUGCUGCCAACUCCUUGCCUCCCACCGAAUUUCUUGCUCAGGAAACUAAAGAGAACACCAGCCCAGCAGUGGCAACUGUUCCAGGGGCCGAUGACCGGUCCCAUUCCCCUGCUGUGCAGACCUCGCCAGCCCGGUCUGGCUCCCCCGUGCCUGAAACUACCAACGAGAGCGUCCCUUUCACUCAGCACAGCAGCUUGGACUCCCGCAUCGAGAUGCUGCUCAAGGAGCAAAGGUCCAAGUUCUCUUUCCUCAUUUUGGACACGGAAGAGGAAGACGAGGAGAAGGGAGGGCCCAAAGGAGUGGAACCACACGGGCCCUGCACUCCACCGCCUCCCCUACCUGUCAGUUUUGAAGAUGUGGUGCCAGCGCUGGACAUGGGAUCAGGAGCAGAAUCUCCCAAAGCCAAUGGACAAGAUAGAGCAUCUCAACAAUCUUCAGGUGAAGACAUGGAAAUCUCUGAAGAUGAAGCAGAGGUUGAGCCCCCAACUCCUGUGGCAGGGGUGUCUGAACCCCAUUUUUCUGUGAUGCCGUCAGCCCUGGGCCACAUGCAACUGGGUGUGUCCUCUUUUACCCCCCACCACCGACCAGAGCCUCCCCCCACCUACCCAAUACAGCCUCUCAUGUCUGUCUCCCUCCCGCACCUGGCGGGCAAGACGCACUCACUCUCCAACUAUGGCCAGGUUGGCCCACGGCAUGCUCACCGCCUCUCAGACUUCAGAGGACGUGCAGGGGUGGUGGGCGGAGGCCGGGGUGCCCCCCACAUCUACGACUUCGUGAACUCCAUGGAGCUGAUGAACCGGCUGGGCAACCAGUGGGGCGGGAUGCCCAUGUCCUUCCAGAUGCAGACGCAGAUGCUAAGCCGCCUGCAGCAGCUGCGUCAGAGCAAAGGCCAGUUUGAGGACCCUUUCCCCUACCACCGGGAGGCGGCUUCUUUCUGCGGCCGCCCCCUCUAUGGCCACGGCUAUCUACUGGACCAGGCUAACCGCCACUUCCAGAGAGACCAGCUGUUCAUGCAGCAGCCGUCAGCAGUGGGGGCCUCAGAUCAGCAGCAGCAGCAGCAGCAUUCCUCGGAGCAACCUCCUCUGCCACCCCCACAGCGCCUCCUUGAUUUCCGGGCCUCCCCAUGGGGAUACCAAGAGGAAGUGGCUCCACCCCCACCUCUUCCCAAGGACCCCCAUGCCUCCGUAGUGGACAGCGUCCUUGAGACACUCAUGCAGGAGAUGAAGAGCAUCAUGCAGCGUGACCUCAACCGCAAGAUGGUGGAGAACGUGGCUUUCAACACCUUUGACAAGUGGUGGGAGCGCAAGGAGGAGAAGGCCAAGCCUUUCCAGAGUACUGUCAAGCAGCCAGUCAAGGAAGAGGAGAAAGACAAGACAAAGCUGAAAGACCCUGCCCUGCUGUCCCUGGUUGACUGGGCCAAGAGUGGCGGCACUGGUGGCCUGGAAGCGUUUGGCUUUGGGACUGGUUUUCGAGGAGUUCUGGGACUCCCAUCCUUCAAGGUGAAAAGGAAAGAGCCAUCCGAAAUCUCGGAGGACAGCGAAGUGAAGCAGCCACGCCCAUCUACUCUUGCUGAAGAGGAUGAGGAAGAUAAGGAUUCCUCACAGGUACCAAAAAGCUCCAAGAGGGAUGAUGAACGGAUCAAAGGGCCGGGGAAAAGGCGGAAACUUUUCUGCCUGGAUAGUGAAGGAGAGGAAGCAUCUGAGGAUUCAUCCUCUGAGAAGGAGGAGGAGGAGGAGGAGCGGAGGGAGGAAGGUGAAGGUUCUAGGGAGCGCGGCACGAAGAAGGAGGAAUCUGAAGAUGAAGGUGAGAGCGAUGGCUCCUCCAAGUAUUCUCUCUAUGACGAGUCUGAUGAGGACAGCGACAGCACUUCUGAUUCAGAGAGCAGCUCUUCGUCUUCCUCUUCCUUGUCCUCAUCUUCAUCUGAUGAGGAGGAAGCUGAGAGCAUGGAGGAAAUGGACGAAUCUACCAUGGACAGCUGCCGCACCGAGCCACUGAGAGGCCUGGAAGAGAGAAUGCGUCAAACCACAGAUGCUGAGCUUGACAAGAAGAAAACAGAAGCAGGCCUGCUCCAAGGCCAUGUGGCAGAAGGGAAGCCUGCUCCUCUGAAGGAUGGAAUCCUGGCCCCGCAUCUAGAGGAGAAGGAUGUUGGGAUGGCGCCAGAAGAGCGACCCAGGCCAGAAGAGCGACCUUCCUCACCUAUCCCACUACUGCCACCACCCAAGAAGCGCCGGAAAACAGUCUCCUUCUCAUCUCCUGGUGAGGAUGACGAGAUCAAGGCGGCAUUUGAGAAGCCACUGGAACCGGCUCCUUCAACGCUUCUGCCUCCGCCACCUCCUCUUCCACCACCUCCGCCGCCUGUCCCCACAGAGGUAGCACAGGCCCCCUUAGUGCCUGUAGAACCCAUGUUACCAUCCCAAGUGCCCUUAACCUCAGAAGCCCCAGCUCCAGUUGCCUCUCCUCUGCCUCCUGCAGCGCCCCCUCCCAAGGCAGCAGCCCCUGCCAGCCGCAAGAGGGAGCCCCCCAAAGCCAACCAAAGAACAAUCAGCAACCUGCCGGCUGACCACGCUUCCCUGGUGAAGUGUUGGACGGACGAGCUGCUUCCGGCCGGCCGGUCCCGGAGCCGCUCCCGCUCCCGGAGCUCAGAGCCCCCACGGGCGCCGCAGCCCCCUGGAGAGGACAGGCUGCACCUGCGCGAGCGGAUGGGCGCUUCCUCGCUGCUGGAGCUGGCGAAUCAACCCAACCUGGCCGUGCUGGCGGACGUGGCGCUGAAGAUGCCCGGCGCAGGCAGUGAAGACUCUGAGGAGACGGAGACCUCCGACGAGGCCGAGGAGCCCAAGGCCAUGCCGCCGGUGCCUGCGCUGCCCCCGGAAGUCAGCAGCAUUCUGAUGGAGCAUAACUACGCCAUGGCUGUCCGCACAGCACCUGCCUCCCGCAAAGCUGACGAGGCGGUGUUGUCUGGCGCCGCCGACCUGCCACGCGUGGAUUUGUACAGCGAGCAUAUUGGCGAGGUCCUGGAGGCGCCUGAGGAGGUUGUGGCUGAUGCCAGCGAGGUCAAAGCUGAGCCUGACGUGGGUGACCUGGUAUCGCUGCCCCCUCCUCCGCCAGCUGAGAAGCCCAAGGCAGCCGUUCCGCAGCAGCAGCAGCAGCAACCACCACCACCACCACCACCCCAGACCAAGAAGCAGCCCCAGUGGCUCAAGGAAGAGGCCCUAAAGGACCUAGGGACCUUGCACUUUGGGCCUGAGGACCUGUUCCCUUCAGAGAGUGAAGAGGAGGAGGAAGAGGAGGAGGAGAGUGCCGACAGCAGCGACGAAGGGGAGAUCCGCAGGCGCUCCCUGCGCUCCCACUCACACAAACAUGCCCCUGCUCAGCCGCCUCCGCUGCCCCUGGCCUUUGAGACACGCAGUGAGUUUGAGCAGAUGACAAUCUUGUAUGACAUCUGGAACUCAGGGCUAGACCUGGAGGACAUGAAGUACCUGCGGCUGACGUACGAGCGCCUGCUGCACGAGGACAACAGCACGGACUGGCUGAACGAUACCCACUGGGUCCACCACACCAUCACAAACAUUGCGAACCCCAAGCGGAAGCGGAAGUCGUCAGACCUGCGGGAGCACCAGACAGGCUGUGCCCGCAGUGAGGGCUAUUACCAUAUCAGCAAGAAAGAGAAGGACAAGUACCUCGACGUCUGCCCGGCCACCGUGCAGCAGCUUGAUGCUGCUGAUGUACAGGGCACCAACCGCAUCCUGUCUGAACGGCGAUCUGAGCAAAGGCGCCUGCUCAGUGCCAUUGGCUCCUCCGCCAUAUUGGACAGCGACCUUCUGAAACUAAACCAGCUGAAGUUCCGCAAGAAGAAGCUACGCUUUGGUCGGAGUCGAAUUCAUGAAUGGGGCCUCUUUGCCAUGGAGCCAAUUGCUGCUGAUGAGAUGGAUGAGUAUGUGGGUCAAAACAUCCGGCAGGUGGUGGCUGACAUGCGCGAGAAGCGGUAUGCACAAGAGGGCAUUGGGAGCAGCUACCUUUUCCGUGUGGACCACGACACAAUAAUUGACGCCACCAAAUGUGGCAACCUAGCCCGCUUCAUCAACCACUGCUGCACGCCCAACUGCUAUGCCAAAGUCAUCACCAUAGAAUCCCAGAAGAAGAUUGUCAUCUAUUCCAAGCAGCCCAUCAGCAUCAACGAGGAGAUCACUUACGACUACAAGUUCCCGAUUGAGGAGAACAAGAUUCCUUGCCUGUGUGGCACAGAGAACUGCCGGGGCACCCUGAACUGAGACAUAACCCUGGCGUUCGUAUUUAUUUUGUUUCCCCAGCCCUAACUUCGCCUCUUACCCGUAGUUCAGCUCUUCUCCCCACAGAGUUGUGGGGAAACUCUCAGUCGCCUUAAGACCCAUCCAUACACCUUUUAAAGUUCCCAGCCAAUGAGAAAGCACUUCCCUUGCCUCAGGUUCGAAUCAACAAGAAGUUCCUUUUUCUUCCCCCAGCCAGGCUGGUGAUAGUUUAUUUUCAGGUGUUGCUGUCAUUUUUGCUCCAGCCUCCCAACACAUUCCUGGGGAAACCAGUUAACAAAACUCCUGUAGAUUCUGACCCUUUGCAGAGGUCAAAUAUCCUUCCCUUUCCAGCUUCAGACGGCUUGGAUAUUAGUGUGGUUAAUUCUGCAAGGCCCACCAGCUCUGUUGCUAAACUCAAGAGAAAGGCUUACAAUGUUGAGGAAAUCAGCAGGGUGGCUGUGGGGGUGGAAUUUCCCUUCUAGGUACCAUCUAUUUCAGGUUAAGCAUCUCCAGCACCCAGCUGUCGAUUAGCAGGUUGGGAUCAGUGCCUCCUAUGAAACCUUUUGAGGCAGUGCAGUGCUUGAUGCCCCUGAGGGCACAUCUGCUAGAGCUAAGAGCUGCCCAGGCCCUUGAAAAUUAAGAUUGUGGAGCAUUUGUCCUCACAUUUCCAAAGGGUUGUGGGGG